AUGGACGGCAUGACUAGUGUUGUUAAACAAUGGAGUGGCACUCAUAAACGAAGGAAGGUUGGACUAAUUGGAUCUGCUCCAUAUUCUGUUUUUACUGUGCCUAGUAUAAGUGCUAAGACUGAGUUUUUGGAGGGUGCACAUCUAGAGUCAUUGGAUCAACAUAGGGAAAGGAGCUUUGCUGAAACUUUACAUCAUCAACAAACUCUUGUAGUGUGCACCGCAGCCAAAAAGCGAAGGAUCUCUGAACCCUCUCAGUUUUCACGGAGAGAAACUUACCCAUUCAUGUGCCUUCUCUCUACCAAGCCAAGGAAAACACCCUUUCAAGAAAGUGCUCUUGGAAAAGUAUCUAAAAAACAGAGAAGAGAAACAGUUUUGGUUGCAGCCACUUUAUUUGAUUGUAGGCCUCAUGUGACUGUCUGUGAGGCUACAGGUGGUGAAAGUAGUCACCCAAGUCAAGGUCAACAUGUAGAUGUUGGUGAUAGAUUGUACAGGGACAGAUCUUCUAGGAAGCGGACUCGUACCCCUACUGACAUUGCUAGCUCCGCUGGUUUAAAUGAGAGUGUUGGGCAUAAACGACUGAGACUUGAUGCCAAUUUCUCUCGGAUCUGCAUUGGCAGCUCUGACAACUCUGAAGACAGUGUCAAAAAUGGGCCUAAACGAGCUAGGAGCGAGGAAGUACUUCCAGAGCUUAAAGGUAAGUAUGGUAGAGGGGCUGAUCUUUUGAUUGAUUUACUUGGUAAGGCCAUGGAGGAAAGGUACCGAUUGACUGGGAAUGUUUUAAAUGUUCACCCUGAUCCAAUCCAUAAUAUGAACUCAACACAACAUAAUCCAGAGCAAGGUCUUGCGGUGGUUGAACCAAAUCAACCACCCGAGCACCCAUAA